UCUCCCCCCUCACUCUCCCUUUCUCUCCCUCUCCCCCUCGAAAAACAGUCAGCCCAGCACACAGGAAACCUGGGUGUGGAAGAUAGGGAAGUCAUCCUCAUUUUCCUGGAAUAUAAGCAAUUCUUUCUUGUAUUUAUUUUCUUUCUUUUUUUUCAAUGUUUUUAAGAUUUGCAAGCCAUUCAGUAACAUGUACGUUUCAAACUUGGGAGAGAAAGGUCUGCUUGUCAUGUCUGCCAAGAAAAUCAUUUAGUGCCAGAGGCUGUGGCAAUUGGUUUAUGGCUGUUCUCAGAUGAAGUCCCUGUAGAGAGCGCCUUUGUGAACUUUAUUGCUUUUGGAUUUUUUUGAGAAGGAUAAAACUGGUAAGUCACAGUUACCUCUAAUGAGGUCUGCCCUUUCACUGUGCUCAGAGACCCCAGAAGCAGCGGCAUGGAGAACCGGCGCUGCCAGGACCCUAAACAGCCAAAUGCCCAGGCCAAAGAGGCCUCAUCUGGGCCCCAGUCCUCCAUGCCCCAGUCUCCUUUACUGUCUGGAGCCUCCUCCCUCAUCUCCCUUACCCAGACAGAGGAGUUCUUUGACCUGAUAGCCAGUUCCCAAAGCCGCAGACUGGAUGACCAGAGAGCCAGUAUAGGGGACCGUCUGGGCAUCAGGAUAGGACAGAACAAUGUGGGACACUUGUGUGAGGCAUGUAGUCCACAGGAACCUAGUGAUGAGUUUUUCAACAUGCUUAUAAAGUAUCAGUCCUCCAGAAUCAAUGACCAGAGAUGCUCUUUGCCACCAGCAUCAGACCCAGAUGAAGACUUCUUCAGCCUUAUUCAGAGGGUGCAAUCCAAACGCAUGGAUGAACAACGGGUUUCUUUUCCUUCUGAUGAAAAGGAUGAAACAGAAUUAAAUUAUAAGUCCAAAACCUCUGAGGGCUCAAGCUAGAGACUGUGGCACUUCUGAUACGACUUCUACAAAGUCUUCUGCAAACUCUGACUCUCUGGCUACACAUUUUAAAGAUCUUCCAAGGCUGGGGUUAGGGGGCAGUUAUAUAGUUUUAUUUUAAUUAGUAGGAUUAUAUCAUGUUGAAUUGUUUCAUAUUUUUACAGUCACCCUGAGGUGAAUCCAGACCCAACAGAUGUGAUUCUGAGGAAAUGGAAACACUCACAUGUUUGUAUGUUCCAACAAGUGUUCUUUCACAAAAAUCUUUUGUGCAGAUUUCAAGCAAAGCAACACCAUGGAAAACGAUAAACAUGAUGCUUUCCAAGGAUAAUAUUACUAACUUUUGUCACACAACACAAUAUAGAUCAGUGUGACAGACAACGGCAGCACAUAAUCUCCAAACAGGUGUAUGUUCAUUUAACUCAAGUGGAAAGUGUGUUUCAGCACACACUGAAUAUGAAUUAACUGAUACCCAGCAGAUGGGAGCAAUUGUAUUUGGCAUGACACCGAAGUUGUAUGGCUCAGUUCAUGUGGUUGUCUAAUUCUGCUGAUACCGUGAGUAAUAUAAGUAAUACUAAUAGUAAUAGACUUCUUUCAGAAGACUUCAAGGGUUAGUUCACCCAAAAAUGAAAAUUCCUGUGUUUUACUCACCCUCAAAGCAUCCUAGGUGUAUGUAGUGUUCUUCUUUCAGAAGAAUCCAAUGGGAGUUAUAUUACAAAUUGUCCUGGCCCCUCCAUGCCUUUCAUUGGGGUUAAGUGGGUGUUGGUUGUCAACAGUUCAGAAGACGUGAAAUAAAGUGUGCGCAUCCGUAAUAAAACGUCCUUCCCACAGGGGUGAAUAAAGGCCCCCUGUAGCAAAUCCAUGAAUUUUUGUAAGAUAAAUAUCCAUAUUUCAAAUGUAAUAAACACUUUUCUAUCACUUCUGCCAUCUGACAUAUGCAGAAGCCGUUCUGUCAGAUGAUGUAAUACAUUGGCAUAAUACAUUGGCUUAGUGAUGAGGGUGAAGACGCCGUUCAUGACUUAGAAGCGCAAAAUGAGCAGUUUGUAAAGAAAUUUGUCAGAGGAUUUUGAUAUAAGCCAACAGGAGACUGGUUUGUUUCCUUUGCUCCAAUAAACAAACUUGCAAGACUAGCUAUUCUCAGAGGCAUGCGCACAGAGCCCUACGUCCUACGUCAUUUGCCUGCACGUCUUUCACGUACAACAGUCAGCUGAAGCGAGAAAUAAGUGUUUAUUACAUUUGAAAUAUGGAUAUUUAUCUUAGAAAAAUGCAUGGAUUCGCUACAGGAGGCCUUUAUUCACCCCCCGGAGCUGUGUGAGACACAUUUUAUUACAGAUGCAUGCA